CCAAACUCAUGCAGCAGGUUGGCAGGCUCCAAUCCGACAAUCUACCAGAGGUUCACUCUCGCUACAGGUCAUUUAUGUAAGAUAAGAUGGACAGCUCGGAUUAACAGGUUAUUGCUGCACUCUAUCGACCAUGAACUCAAGAAAUUCAGAUGUUCAUCAACUUUGGCAUUCAUUACGGGAGACACGAUUCCUAUUUUCCUCUCCAACUUAUUUUUCUUUGUUCCUUCGGAGCAUUAAACGCUCCCUUCUCUCCCCCUGCCAAGAUUCCCUCUUAAAAUGGCUAUACUCUCUUAACCUUACGUGAUGUUGCUCAAAUGAGACCGAAAUGCAGUCAAUCUGUUUGGCAAGAUGCUCCUCCAGGUGCUUGUGAAUAGUUCUCGGAGUCUUCUCAUCUCGUUGGCACUACUGUACGUAAUUGGACAAUCAUAUAGUAAUUAGAUUAAAGGCUGAACGCAGAAGGUUAAACCUAGGCUUGCAUUGCGCUUUCAGUAGGUAGCCACCAGUGGAAAUGGAACCCAAAGGCCUCGUCCUGGGCCACUACAACAUCGCACGCUUUGUUCGACAAAGCUAUCAUAUAAUUUAAAGCUUGGAUGUUGCAUUGGGUUUUUGGGUUCGUACUCAUUUAUUAUUUCGGCGCUUUUUCUGGAGAUACAGAUCAUUUCCUUUGAGAUCCAAGAAGUACAGUUUGGUAUGGAGAUGGUUGCGUGGCUCUUUUUAAGUCAUCAUCUCUCACCGCCCAUGUGCUCUCUCACCUCCUCACUGAUAUUUAGUUUUGAGAAAAAAUUCAGAGUGGCUAUUAUAUGGGCAAUUACCAGCUUGCUUUGUUGGUCCCGAGUGCAUUAGCAUGUGGUUUUUUGGGCCCCCACCUCAGCUAAAGACAAUGGGUUGCAGUCACUUGACAGUAUCUCUGGAUUUGGGAAACCAAGGGGGUGAGGGUAAAGAGAGGAGGCUUCUCCUUUUUCCAUCACUUUUUUGGAGCAGAAAAGCUCCUCUCCUUUUCUGACCCCUCACGUGUAAUCUUUUCACCACCCUUCCAUUUCAUCAGCUCCCCAGCCCUCUCUCCACCCUCCGAAAGAAAAGUGGGGUUUUGGUGUCAAAUGUUUUGUAGCGUUAUGUGAUCCAUGGGAGCUCUCUUGAGCUUUAGUCAUGGAGGCCAAGAGAGGAAUUGUUAAAAAAAAUAUUAAGCUAAGGUGAAAAAGGGUGUAGACAGCACCACUAACAAACGCACAGAAGGAGAGCACCAUGACGCUAGAAGCACUGGCUUCUAAUGAGCUCCCCACGUUUCUCAUCUAUGACACCAUCUCCGCCACCCCACUCCACCACCCUGAGGCCUCCUCGACCCCGAGCCUCCUCUUCGACGAAGCCGGCGGUGGCGAUGGAGUGAGCUCGUUGGGCCUCGCUCACUCAGCGCCGGCGAUGUUAGGGGGCUUAGCGCCGGCAGGGCAGGGGCGGAGGAAGCGGCGGAGGCGGCCGAGAAGCUGCAAGAAUAAGGAGGAGGCGGAGAGCCAGCGGAUGACCCACAUUGCCGUCGAGCGCAACCGCCGUCGCCAGAUGAACGAGCACCUCAGCGUCCUGCGCUCCCUGAUGCCAGAGUCUUACAUCCAAAGGGGCGACCAAGCCUCAAUCGUAGGCGGAGCCAUUGAUUUUGUGAAGGAGCUCGAGCAGCUCCUCCAGUCUCUCGAAGCCCAGAAGAGAACACUCCAGCAGCAGAAGGGCAAGGCUGAGAAAACGCCGAGAAUUGAGCCAGGGAGCAGCAGCAGCAACACCGAUGACACCGAUUCCCCUCCCUUUGCUCAGUUCUUUGCCUACCCUCAGUACGUCUGGUGUCAUGCACCCCGGGACUACCCCCCACCGGAGAACCGGUCGGCGGUGGCCGACGUCGAGGUCACCUUGAUCGAAACGCAUGCAAAUCUUCGAAUUCUCUCACCAAGGAGGCCCGGACAGCUCCUCAAGAUGGUGGCCGGGCUUCAGAGUCUCAGGCUCACCAUUCUACACCUCAACGUCACCACCCUGGACUCCAUGGUGCUCUACUCCCUCAGUACCAAGGUUGAUGAGGGAUGCCAUCUUACUACAGUUGACGAUAUCGCCGCCGCAGUUCACCACAUGCUCUCCUUGAUUGAAGCAGAGGUGUCUGCUCUAAGCCAAUAAAAGGGUGCAAGGAGUCUAGGACCACCCUGGGGUUUGAGGGCUCUCCUAGCUCCCGCUUUUGAAAACUUGCGGAUUUGUCUACUUUUGUCCUCUGAUCUAAUGGGCUUCUUUUUCCUGUAAAGCUGGGCGGCUUGUCUACUGUGGGCCCACCCCUAUGGAUGGCCCAAGAUCACGGAACCCCACCACCACUCUUGUGGUAUUUAUGAUCCUGGAAUUAGAUAAGAGGCUUCGUCUUAGGAUUUGAAGGGGCUUGGAUCGACUCUUUCACGACACGGACCUGACCCAUUUGAUGUCUGAAUACUUUUGUAUUUCAAAUCUUGGCCCUGGCCCGAACCAAUUCAAGCUUAGCUGGGCUGUGAACGUUUUAGGUUGAGGUCUCAGACCUGAUUUAGUUGUGCUUGAAGCAUCCACUGUACAAAGUAAAACUCCAUUUCACAAGUCCCAGGUGGGUAGAAUGAGACGUCCCCGUGUUUUCUGUUUUCACAGAUUUUGAAGGUAGAAAACUUAAAAACCUAAGAGUCCUAAAAUAAUUGUAAUAUAUAAAUGACUGUAUAUAUUUUUCUUUCGAGAAACCAAUAUAAACACAUGAUUUUAGUAGGAUCAA